ACCAGGAGAAGCAGGACAGCAUCUCAGUCUCCCCGGGUCGAGCAGAUAACUUUAGGUUUCGAGAAAUAGACCAGAUACGAAAAAAGAGGAGAAACAUCUUAAAUAAGAGGGAGUUAUCAGAAGAAGUUCGUGAGAGGCAUCUGAAAGCAUUUACUCGGUCUCCCUCUGAAGCUACAUCAUACUUGUCGAAGCUGCAUUUAACGUUAUAGCCUACAACUUUUUUUAUUGUUACUUUUAUUUACAAGUCGACUUCUGAGGAAAACCGAGGAAAAAGAGGCGAAGUUCCAGCUGAGUUAACGUGCGUCGAUACGUCAUCGAACAUUUGACAAGACGUGAUGGAGGGCGAAAAGAAACUGACCUUGCCGCUGAUGCUGGCUGUGGGGACGGCUGUGAUCGGCUCACUUCAGUUCGGCUACAACACGGGUGUAAUCAAUGCCCCGCAAAAUGUCAUUGAGAAGUUCUACAAUGAGACAUGGUUAGAUCGAUAUCAGGAGAUCAUCCCUAAAACAACCAUGACUACCCUCUGGUCUCUGUCUGUGGCCAUCUUCUCUGUCGGCGGCAUUGUUGGAUCCUUCUCCGUUGGGCUGUUUGUCAACCGUUUUGGAAGGAGGAACUCCAUGCUCAUGGCUAAUGUCCUGGCUUUCAUCUCUGCAGCACUGAUGGGCUUCUCUAAGAUUGCUGCGUCCUGGGAGAUGCUCAUUAUUGGACGGUUUGUGGUGGGCCUUUACUCUGGUCUGUCCACUGGCUUUGUGCCCAUGUACGUGGGCGAGGUGUCUCCCACAGCCCUCAGAGGAGCCCUUGGCACCCUUCAUCAGCUGGGCAUUGUUGUUGGCAUUCUCAUGGCACAGAUCUUUGGUAUGGAUGUUAUCAUGGGUAACGACACCAUGUGGCCGUUCCUCCUGUGCUUUACCUUCAUCCCAGCCGUGCUGCAGUGCUGUUUACUGCCCUUUUGCCCCGAGAGCCCUCGAUUUCUGCUCAUCAUCCGCAAUGAGGAAAACAAAGCCAAAUCAGUGCUUAAAAAGCUGCGCGGGACGUCAGAUGUGGCCGCAGACAUGCAGGAGAUGAAGGAGGAGAGCAGACAGAUGAUGAGAGAGAAGAAAGUGACCAUUCCUGAACUGUUCCGCUCUCCUCUCUACCGACAGCCCAUGAUUAUAUGCAUCAUGUUGCAGCUGUCCCAGCAGCUGUCUGGAAUCAAUGCUGUGUUCUACUACUCUACAAAGAUCUUUCAGAAGGCCGGUGUGGAGCAGCCGGUUUAUGCUACUAUCGGAGCAGGAGUCGUCAACACAGCUUUCACUGUAGUGUCGCUGUUUGUGGUCGAGCGAGCGGGCCGCAGGUCCCUGCACCUCUUGGGACUGCUGGGAAUGGCUGGAUCUGCUGUAUUGAUGACCAUUGCUCUUGCCUUGCUGGAAAAUGUUCCCUGGAUGUCAUACAUAAGCAUCGUGGCUAUCUUUGGGUUUGUGGCCUUCUUUGAGAUUGGACCCGGCCCCAUCCCAUGGUUCAUUGUGGCUGAACUGUUCAGUCAAGGCCCAAGACCUUCGGCUUUUGCUGUCGCUGGACUCUGCAACUGGACCGCAAACUUUAUCGUGGGCAUGUGCUUUCAGUAUGUCGAGGAGCUCUGUGGGCCGUACGUGUUUAUCAUCUUCACCAUAUUUUUACUCGGCUUCUUCGUCUUCACCUACUUCAAAGUCCCAGAGACCAAGGGCCGGACGUUCGAUGAAAUCUCGGCCGGUUUCCGUCAGGCAGCAUCAGCUGCUGAGAAGCACUCGCCUGAAGAGCUCAACAGCCUGGGGGCCGACUCUCAGCUCUAAACCCCUCUGACCCCGCUUUCCUCAUCUGGUCACACUUCUGCACGAAACUACUGAGGAGAAGGGGUCACCGGGCUGUCAAUCAAACAUUUCCCCCUUCCCACGACUGCACUCAGCUCUUAGUCCCCCCCACUCCCUGAUAACCGUGAGACAUCUGGGAAUGAGGCAUGGGGUUUUAAAGGCAGGAAGUAAGAGAAGUUCUCAUACUCUUAUCAGAAAGAUCAUCGUUUUAAGACCAGUUUGAGGUGUCAUAUUUGCUAGUCUUCUGGCUAGUUUUGCUAGGUUUUAUGUUUUUUAAAACUAUCUUAACUGUUACUUCUGCUCUGCUAUGAGUGAAAACCAGACGGCGGUCUCCUGGUCAUUCCUGACCUAGACUCUACGCCGUUGAUGUCAGAAAUCAACAGGCCAAAUGUGACUUCUGUACGGUGACUGACAAUUUAAUACUGUAUUCCAUGUUACUGUAUUACUAUUAUGAAAGUCUUGUGGCUUUAGCAAACCAGAGUUAGAGAGUUAGCAUCAGCUUGGCCUUGGCUAGCAGUCGAAACAAUUUAACAUA